AUGCGGCGAUGGGACGACCUAAACAAUGUCAGGGGAAAGCAAAGAGCAGAAUUUAUCAUUGGCAGUCCUCGAAAACCUGGCGUGCUCCGCAAUGCAGGCCAACUUACACUCAGUCAACGCCCAUGCGUACCUCCACUAUCAUUCGACAAGGAAAGGCUAGAUACGCCCUCGGAGAAUGGUACAAAGAGGAAGGCCGAUACACAGCCGCACUUGCUUAGCAAGGUCGCAACCAAAGCACCCGCGAGAAAGCCCAAGGGACAGUCAAAGAAGGCGACCAGAGCAAGGAAGAACAACGCGCUCAAAAAGGAAGCCCCCACUAUCGAUAGUGUCUUCAAGCCUACCAAGCGCGGGUCCAAGAUUAAUUUCUACAGACCCAGUCCAGCCCGCCUGGUGGACAAGAAUGUUGCAUUACCACCGUCGAGCUGCGGGCACAAGGUCGUGUGCAGCCCCUACUACGGAGUGAUGCGAGUCCAGCCGGGAUGA